CGGACGAGAGUACGCUCACACUGAGAGAGGAGGUGGUGGAGUAAAGAGUGUAUGGAGGCAUGCGAGUGAGAGCUGGGAGAGGGAGGGAAGAGCAAGAGGGAGAGGGAAGCCAGGUGCAUUUUACUGAGUUAAUUAGUAACUUGUAUAGUUGUUAGAAAUACAAAAAAAAAAAUAUUGGGUAACAAAUGUGUGUGUGUGCGUGUGUGUGUGAGCAAGAGAGGGAGGGAUCUCUAAGGAUACACGGAUGAGAAGGAAGAGUGAGGGAGGCGAAGAGGCGAAGAGGAGCCCGAGUGUGGAUCGCCCUGGGGGGAGCUCGCACACGCCGCAGACAAGCGCACACUCUCCGGCGGGCACUCGGCGCCGUUUCCCUGACAACUAGGAUGGGCUGCAAUUUGUGCACCUUGCAAAAACGAGAGGAACACUACAAACUGCUCUACGAGAUUGCACAGGUGAACGGGCGCGACUUCUCCAAGGUUGAACACGAUGGAUCCGUGGUGGAGACCAUCAGGCGAGACCCCAUCGUUGUCCAGGUCCUCCGGCGAACCCCCACCAGAGCCACUGUUGUGCAAAGGAACAGCGGCUCGGCACAGGAUGUGUGCGUGGUCGACGUUUGCACACAAACAGACAUCACUUUUGAGCACAUCAUGGCGCUGGCCAAGCUCCGGCCCGCUACCCCGCCAGUCCCAGACAUCUGUCCAUUCCUUCUGUCAGACAGCUGUCAGUCCAUCCAUACCAUGGAACACGAGUUUUAUGAAUGUCCAGAGUACCUGUCUAAUACUCCAGCAGACGUUGAGAGGACUGAGGAGUAUGAGUACGAGGAAGUGGAGCUCUGUCGGCUGAACAGCCAGGAAAAGCUUGGUCUGACACUGUGCUACCGGACUGACGAUGAGGAGGACACUGGCAUUUACGUCAGCCAGGUGGAGCCCAACAGCAUAGCAGCGAGAGACGGGCGCAUUAAGGAAGGAGAUCGCAUUCUGCAGAUAAAUGGCUUUGAAGUGCAAGACCGGGAGAAAGCCGUGGCGUUGUUGUCAAGCGAAGAAGCAAGGAGCAUCAUACUCCUAGUGACAAGGCCAGAGAUCCAGCUGGAGGAGGAGGCCGUGUGGCUGGAUGAUGAGCAACAGCAACUAGUUGAGGACCUGAAGAUGGAGAUUCUGGAGGAGAGGAUGAAGCAGAGGGAACAAAGCUUUGAGAUGGCAGAUGAGCUUCAAGGUGAUGGGGACAUGACAACAGACACAGCCACCUGUUCUUCCAACAAUCAAGACAGUGGGUUUGGACGCAGCACAGACAGUCCCGAGCACCAGCCCUUAUUGGCAAGACUUUAUAGGAGGAGCCCGGCACACUGCCUAAGGGAUCGAUGGCAGUCAGAACAUCAGCACAACAGGCGAGGGACUGGUGCGCCGCAAAAAUCCCAGCACACAAGAACGCAUUCAACAAGCCAAGGCAAUGAAAGUCUAAUGAGCAUCCACAAUGGUGGAUGCGGAGUCCGAGGUUUAGAUAAUUGCUUCCAGCAACUCUUAGAGCUAAAGUGCCAAAUCCGCAAUGGAGGUGAAUGUGGGGUGUACUCCAUUCGACACAGUAUAGAAUGUAGUCUCACUGGGCAAGGUGGAGGAGAUGGAGAUAGUGAAGGUGAGGUUGGCGCAGGAGGAGGGGUAGAGCGUGAAUUGAAAAUGCUGAAUGAAGAACUGCGUAGCAUUGAAUUAGAAUGCCAGAGCAUAAUGCAAGCCCACCAACGACGCCAGUCACAACAGCUUGAGCAAUCACAUUCUGCACCAUCCUCACCAGGAAUGAACCUGAAAAAUGGACAAAAGCUGCAUGGGAGGCUGGCUGACAUUCACGAAUACCCAGAGAGGUCUGACAAUGAUAGAGUUCGUGAGAAGGACAGCUCCAGUGCCUACAACACAGCAGACAGUGCUCGGUCAACGCCACUAGGCAUGGAGAGAUCCCCUGAUCAGUCCCUGCAGAGAAAGAUCAGCCUCACCAACCAGAAAAACCUCAGACUGGCCUCUGCUGCACCAUCCAAUCCCAUUCCUAUCCCCAAGCCUGAAGGCACACAUAAACCUUGCAGGCCAGCAGAUCAAGGUCCGGCUAUCCCAAGCAGCCCUGAUCAGAGCAAUCCUUCUCGGUCUGAGUCAGACCCUGCACUACCAGCGGACGAUGAAAGAUGUGACAAAAAGGGAAGGAACAGAGACUCAAGGAGAGCUCUUCCCUAUGGCGCUUCAUAUCAGACGGGCACAUAUCAUGGCCAGGGAGGAUCCAAACAACUACAGAGCUACAUGCAGCUGCUGCAGCAGCACUCAUCCCUGGAGUACUCGCAGAGCCAACUGAGCCUCCUCAGUGUCUGUCGAGAUCCUAUGCACCGUAAUGGACGUGCAGGAGAACCUCGUCUGGAGUGGAAAGUCAAAGUUCGCGCCGAUGGCACACGUUAUGUUGCGCGGAGGCCUGCUCGUGACCGCAUACUGCGGGAGCGGGCGCUUAGAAUCAGAGAAGAGAGGAGCGGGGGCAUGACCACAGACGACGAUGCGAUGAGUGAGAUGAAGAUGGGCCGCUACUGGAGCAAGGAGGAAAGGAAACAGCAUUUGGCAAGGGCCAGGGAGCAAAGAAAGAGGAGGGAGUUCAUGCAGAAAAGCCGCCUUGAUUGCUUAAAAGAAGGACCAGCGAGCGGAGCCGAGGGCAGAAAAGAGAUCAAUAUCUUGGAGCUCAGUCACAAAAAGAUGAUGAAAAAACGGAACAAAAAGAUUUUGGACAACUGGAUGACCAUCCAAGAGCUAAUGAGCCAUGGGGCAAGGGUCCCGGAGGGGUCCAAAGUUCAUAAUGCCUUUCUUUCUGUCACCACUGUUUAAGAAACCUUGUUUAAAUACUUGAUAGGGACAUCUUUCAUAUCAGGUGUAUCACUGUUUGGUUUUGAAAACUGUCGUUCUAUGAAACUACUUUAAAUUGAGAUAUGUCAAUGGUGAGAAACCCUGUAGCAUUCCCGGGCAGCUUUCACUAAACGUUGAAGAAUGUUCAGCAAUCAGUACCACACGUCAGCCAUUAAAUCCUGUCUCAAGACGCUACCAAGCUGGACAAACCUUUUUGGUGAUGAAGUGGUACGUAGUAGCAGGUUGGUUCAACCAGAUUCAUAAAA